AUGACCGUCUGGGAAACGUCCCUUCCGGAGCCCGAGGCCGGCGACCCCGCCGGACCCGCUGUGCGUCCCGGGGCCCUGCAGUCCCAGGUGCUGGUGCAGGAGCUGGAGCAGUACCAGCUGCUGCCCAAGAGGUUGGACUGGGAGGGCAACGAGCACAACAGGAGCUACGAGGAAUUGGUCUUGUCCAAUAAGCAUGUGGCUCCUGAUCAUCUGUUGCAAAUCUGCCAGCGCAUCGGUCCCAUGUUGGAUAAAGAAAUCCCACCCAGUAUUUCAAGAGUCACUUCUUUACUUGGUGCAGGAAGGCAGUCUUUGCUACGUACAGCAAAAGACUGCAGGCACACAGUUUGGAAGGGCUCUGCCUUUGCUGCUCUUCAUAGAGGAAGACCUCCUGAAAUGCCGGUGAAUUAUGGUUCCCCACCAAAUCUUGUGGAGAUACAUCGAGGAAAACAACUCACAGGGUGUUCCACUUUUAGCACAGCAUUUCCAGGAACUAUGUAUCAGCAUAUAAAAAUGCACAGAAGGAUUCUCGGACAUCUAUCUGCUGUUUACUGUGUAGCAUUUGAUAGGACAGGACAUAGAAUCUUUACAGGUUCAGAUGAUUGUUUGGUGAAGAUUUGGUCAACACACAACGGUCGUCUGUUAUCCACAUUAAGAGGUCAUUCUGCAGAAAUUUCAGAUAUGGCAGUAAACUAUGAAAAUACAUUGAUUGCUGCAGGGAGCUGUGAUAAAAUAAUUAGAGUGUGGUGCUUGAGAACUUGUGCCCCAGUUGCUGUGCUCCAAGGACACACGGGAUCAAUUACAUCUUUACAGUUUAGCCCGAUGGCCAAAGGCUCUCAAAGAUACAUGGUCUCUACUGGUGCUGAUGGGACAGUUUGUUUUUGGCAGUGGGAUUUAGAAUCCCUGAAAUUUAGUCCACGUCCCCUGAAGUUCACUGAAAAGCCUAGACCAGGCGUUCAAAUGCUUUGUUCUUCUUUUAGUGUUGGUGGUAUGUUUUUAGCCACAGGUAGUACUGAUCAUGUAAUCAGAAUGUAUUUUUUGGGUUUUGAAGCACCUGAAAAAAUAGCUGAACUUGAGAGCCACACUGAUAAAGUUGAUAGUAUUCAAUUUUGUAACAAUGGUGAUCGGUUCUUAAGUGGUAGCAGAGAUGGAACAGCACGUGUCUGGAGAUUUGAGCAGUUAGAAUGGAGAAGCAUUUUGUUGGAUAUGGCUACCAGAAUCUCAGGGGACUUAUCUUCCGAAGAGGAAAGAUUUAUGAAACCCAAAGUAACAAUGAUAGCUUGGAAUCAGAAUGAUAGUAUUGUUGUCACAGCUGUGAAUGAUCAUGUCCUCAAAGUGUGGAAUUCUUAUACUGGACAACUGCUUCAUAACUUAUUGGGACAUGCUGAUGAAGUAUUUGUUUUGGAGACACAUCCCUUUGAUUCCAGAAUUAUGUUAUCUGCAGGACAUGAUGGCAGCAUAUUUAUAUGGGAUAUUACAAAAGGCACCAAGAUGAAACAUUAUUUUAAUAUGAUUGAAGGCCAAGGACAUGGAGCUGUAUUUGACUGUAAGUUUUCACAAGAUGGACAGCAUUUUGCCUGUACAGAUUCUCAUGGGCACCUUCUGAUAUUUGGUUUUGGAUGCAGCAAGCCAUAUGAAAAGAUUCCUGAUCAGAUGUUCUUCCAUACUGACUAUCGACCACUGAUUAGAGAUUCUAAUAAUUAUGUCUUAGACGAGCAAACUCAGCAGGCUCCUCACCUUAUGCCUCCACCAUUCUUGGUAGAUGUAGAUGGAAAUCCUCAUCCAACUAAGUAUCAGAGAUUAGUGCCAGGCCGAGAAAAUUCUGCAGAUGAACAUUUGGUUCCACAGCUAGGCUAUGUGGCAACAAGUGAUGGAGAGGUAAUUGAACAAAUUAUAAGCUUACAAACCAAUGAUAAUGGUGAACGAAGCCCAGAGUCCAGUGUUCUUGAUGGAAUGAUAAGACAAUUGCAGCAGCAGCAAGAUCAGAGAAUGGGAGCAGGUCAGGAUAUUGUUCCAAGUGGACUUCCAAAUGGGGAAGAAACACCUCGAAGAGGUAAAAAAUAUAUGAGAAAUAUUUUAAUUUGUAGGAAGUUGGAAGACUUCAGAAUAGAGAAAGGUGAAGAGGAAAGAAAUCUUUAUAUAAUUGGAAGAAAAAGGAAGACUCUCCAGCUCUCACAAAAGUCUGAUUCGGUGAUUUUGAUGUCCCAGUCUAGGCAGAGGACAUGUAGACGUAGAUAUCCAAAUUAUGGUAGAAGAAAUCUUGGACGGCUUGAGUUAUCUUCUGGAAAUGAAUCUUCAAGCUCUAUAAGACAUGAGACUUCUUGUGAUCAGAGUGAAGGUUCUUGUUCUUCUGAAGAAGAAGAAUGGAAAAGUGAUAGAAGAAGUGAAAGUGACAGUGAAAGUUCAAGUGACUCUUCAUCUAGGUAUUCUGAUUGGACAGCUGAUGCAGGCAUCAAUUUGCAGCCUCCUUUACGAACAUCGUCUCGUCGACGGAUUACUCGAUUUUGCAGUAGUUCAGAGGAUGAAAUGUCUACUGAGAAUUUAUCUCCUCCAAAAAGGAGACGAAAGAGAAAAAAAGAAAAGCCUAAAAAAGAGAAUUUGAGGAGGGUGACUCCAGUGGAACUUGCAAAUAUGGAACAUUUAUAUGAAUUUCAUCCUCCAGUUUGGAUAACUGAUACCACACUUCGAAGGUCUCCGUUUGUUCCUCAAAUGGGUGAUGAGGUAAUAUAUUUUCGACAGGGUCAUGAAGCUUAUAUUGAGGCUGUCAGAAGAAAUAACAUUUAUGAACUGAACCCUAACAAGGAACCAUGGAGAAAAAUGGAUCUUAGGGAUCAAGAAUUGGUCAAAAUAGUUGGAAUACGAUAUGAAGUUGGGCCCCCUACACUCUGUUGCCUCAAACUAGCAUUUAUAGAUCCUGCAACUGGAAAACUUACGGACAGAUCUUUCUCUAUUAGGUAUCACGAUAUGCCAGAUGUUAUUGACUUUCUUGUCUUACGUCAAUUUUACGAUGAAGCAAGACAGAGGAAUUGGCAGUCCUGUGACAGGUUCCGUUCUAUCAUUGACGACGCUUGGUGGUUUGGAACAGUGUUAAGUCAAGAGCCGUAUCAGCGACAGUACCCUGAUAGUCAUUUCCAGUGUUACAUUGUUAGGUGGGACAAUACUGAAAUUGAAAAACUUAGCCCAUGGGACAUGGAACCAAUUCCUGAUAAUGUUGAUCCACCUGAAGAAUUAGGAGCUAGUAUUUCUGUCACUUCAGAUGAGCUAGAGAAAUUGCUCUACAAACCAGAAGAUGGUGAAUGGGGUCAGAAAUCGAGAGAUGAGGAAUGUGAACGAAUUAUUAGUGGUAUAGAUCAACUUUUGAAUCUUGAUAUAGCAGCAGCUUUUGCAGGUCCAGUUGACCUAUGUACGUAUCCGAAGUACUGUACUGUGGUAGCUUAUCCAACUGACCUUUACACAAUUCGAAUGAGACUUGUUAAUCGAUUUUACAGGAGGCUAUCUGCAUUAGUUUGGGAAGUCAGAUACAUAGAACAUAAUGCCAGAACGUUUAAUGAACCUGAGAGUGUAAUUGCAAGAUCAGCUAAGAAGAUAACUGACCAACUUUUAAAAUUUAUCAAGAAUCAAGACUGUACAAAUAUCUCAGAACUUUCUAACACUUCUGAAAAUGAUGAGCAAAAUGCCGAGGAUUUGGAUGAUAGUGAUCUUCCUAAAACAUCUUCUGGAAGAAGGAGAGUCCAUGAAUGGAAAAAAAGGAGCAUCAGAGCAGCCAACUAUGUUGAAAGCAACUGGAAGAAACAGUGUAAGGAACUAGUGAACUUAAUUUUUCAAUGUGAAGAUUCUGAACCAUUUAGACAACCUGUUGAUUUGGUUGACUAUCCAGACUACCGAGAUAUUAUAGAUACUCCAAUGGAUUUUGGAACAGUAAGAGAAACUUUAGAAGCGGGAAAUUAUGACAGCCCUUUGGAAUUUUGCAAAGACAUCCGGUUGAUAUUUAGCAAUGCAAAAGCAUAUACACCAAACAAAAGAUCAAAGAUUUACAGUAUGACUUUGAGAUUGUCGGCCUUAUUUGAAGAAAAAAUGAAGAAAAUCUCCUCUGAUUUUAAAGUUGGCCAAAAAUUCAAUGAAAAACUUCGAAGAAGCCAGAGGUUCAAGAGACGGCAAAGUUGUAAUCGCAUCAAUCAGGCUAACAAAAGUAUCAGAAAUAUCAAGCAGAAGCGGUUAAAAUCUCAGACAAAAGUAAUUCCUGAGUUGGUAGGUUCUCCUAUCCAGUCUACCUCAAGUAGGGCCGCUCAUUCUGCAAGCCGCAAGAUGAGUGCUAGUGUCUCUUCGGGUGUUACUUCUGAUAACUCUUCAGAUUCAGCAGGAUCAUCAGAAAGAAUGAGAAGAAACAGACCUGUCACUCUAACAAAUGGUUCCACAUUAUCUGAGAGCGAAAUGGAAGAUUCGUUAGGUACCUCAUCAUCAUCUUCAGCUUCAAACAGUUCAGAGGACAGCAAAGACAGUUUAAGAGCUCGUGAAUCCUCUUUACGUAGUGGGCUGGCCAGAAACACCAAUCUCAGGGUGACCAGAACCAGAGCUGCUCAGAGAAAAACUGGUCCAAUUUCUUUAGAAAAUGGAUGUGGCCGAAAAGCUACUCGAAAGAGAGUCUAUUUAAGUGACUCUGAUAACAAUUCAUUAGAAACUGGUGAAAGUCUAAAAGCCAGAGCUGGAAAUAACCGGAAAGUGCUACGAAAGUGUGCUGCUGUGGCUGCCAAUAAGAUAAAGCUCAUGAGUGAUGUAGAGGAGAAUUCUAGCUCUGAGAGUGUCUGUUCUGGCCGUAAGCUGCCUCACCGCAAUGCUUCUGCUGUAGCUAGAAAAAAGUUACUACAUAAUUCUGAAGAUGAUCACAGCUUAAAGUCAGAAAUUGAAGAAGAGGAGUUAAAAGAUCGAAAUCAACCAUCACCAUUGUCCAAUUCUCAUGCUGCCCAGAAUACUGUCAGUGAAUCUGAAAAUAGAGAUUCAGAGUCAGAAAGUGAUUUACGGGUAGCCCGAAAAAAUUGGCAUGCUAAUGGGUUCAAGUCCUAUACUCCAGCAACUUCUAAAACAAAAUUUCUUAAAAUAGAGUCUUCUGAGGAAGACUCUAAAAGUCAUGAUUCAGAUAACAGGCAUAACAGAAUUGCUGGCCCAUCAACGUCUGGGCAGAAACUUAAGGCAGAACGCAUCUCAGAGGAAGAGGAGGAAGCAGAUUCUGAACCAAGAAAAUAUGUUGGUAGGAAAUACAGCACAAGUCGCAAGAAUGCUACUUUCCUUAAAAAAGCAAAGAUCUUCAGUGAUUCAGAGGACUCCGAAUCGGAAGAACAAGAUAGAGAAGAUGGUAAAUGUCACAAAAUGGAAACAAACCAGAUUUCAGAGAAUUUGAAGUGUGAACCUAGUGCUGGGUCCCAGUGUUUCUCAGAUCAUGUAUCUGAAACUGAUUUGGAUUCAGAGGAUGACAAGAUAAAAGAAAAACCAAGCAGUUUUAUGAAAGAUUCUACAUCACAAGACCAUGGACAAAGCAGAAGAGUUUCCAGGAAAAGGGUCUGUUCAAGUGACUCAGACAGCAAUUCACAGGUGGUUAAGAAAUCGCCAAAAGCCAAAAUGGGUCUCCACAGGAUUCCUCGAAAAUGUGCAACCACCGCUGCCAGUAAGAUUAAGCUCAUGAGUGAUGUGGAAGAUGUCAGUUUACAAAAUGUGUGUACUAGAAGCAGAAAUGGAAGGAGAAAGCUCCACUUUGCAUGUACCACAGCUAAGAAGAUAGUGAGCGAUUCUGAGGGAGAUGUAAACUGUGAAGUGCCGAAUGAACGGUAUGCCUGUGCAGGGAAGCCACCUGAAGCUGACUCAGAAGGUAGUACAAAAAGUAUUAAUCAGUCUUUAAGUAGAGACUCAGACUCUGAAGGUAUGUUCAAUUCAGAACACAAAAACAGGCACACCAGUAGUCACAAAACAAAUGUUGCACCUUCUAAAAUGAAGAGUUCUUUGAUUGGGUCUUCAGAGGAAGAUUCAAAAAGCCAUAUUCUAGGGGGUGAGAUGGGGAGAAAAUUUUCUUCUGAGUCAACUUUGGUACAAAAAGCUACUGCAGAGAAUAACUUUGAAGAGGAACUGAAUUAUGGGCUGCGCAGGUGGAAUGGCAGAAGACUCAGGACCUAUGGGAAGGCUCCUUUCAGUAAGACAGAAGUGAUUCGUGAUUCUCAGGAAGCAGCCGAGACGGAAAUAAAAAGGAAAAGACGGCAUCCUGAAUUAGAAAAUGUGAAAAUUUCUGAAACAACAGGGAGUUCAAAAUGUGGACCUGACACUAGUCCCAAAUCUGACUCAGAUUUGGGAUCUGUAACUGAAUCAGAUGUUGACUGUACUGAUGAUACAAAAACCAAAAAGAGGAAAAUGAAAGGAAAAGCAAAAGUAGUUAGAAAAGGUAAAACUUUUACAGCUAACAUAUCUAAAACUGUGAGACGACAAAGACAAAGCAAACGUCCUAGGUUAAAUUUGGAUGAUAAUGACUGGGAGGAUUUGGACUAUGCAAAAUCUAAGAGAGUUCUUCGACGUUCAAAAAUAAAAACGAGAAAUCAGGGUAGAAGGACCGUGAGAUACCAUGAUGGGGAUGAUGAUAGAAGCUUAGAAAAUGUGUUAGAUUUUGAUGAUUGCACCUUAUGACCUUGAGGGAAAACCAGUUCAUUUAGAGGAAAUGGACUGGAAUUUAUGGUGAAAGCUGGCUGUUGAAAUUAUUUUUUGUCCUACAAUUCAGGGAAUAUAUUUAUAUUUUUCUAUGAAAAGUUAUGAAUGUGACUAAAUCAUGACUGUUAUUUUUAUUUGCACUUGCUUGCCUUUGUAGCAGCUUUCAGCACAGGUGCCAAAAUAUGCUUCAUUUUGGGGGCAGAUCUACUUUGACAGUAUUUAACUACAUAUAGCAAGAGUUUGAAAUAUGUUAAACACUAGAUAUCCUGGUUAUCAAAACCAAUGAGCAUUACUUUCAUGGUAGCAAGUGUCAUGCAGUUAUUUUCUGAAUUCUUCAAGAGGUGGUGGUUUCUAAUCCCAGUUCUAUUGUAGUAUAACAAUUUCAUGUGACCUAUGUUUACAGAUUCUUCAUAAAUAUGUGCAUACUGACAUUACAAUCAUGGGAGGUGUAACCAUGAUUAUUAGUAGGCAAGGUACCUACCACUUUUUUUUUUUUUUUUCUUUCCCUGGCUACUUGAGUAGAAUGCAUUAUACCAGAUUUGGUAAUUUUCAUUGAAAUAGUUUCCAGUUUUCUUUCCAAAUGCUGUUGAGUCUUUCUUUCUCUUUUUUGUUAUUUUUAAGGAAAAUAUCACUUUUAUUUUAUAAACUUGAAUUUAUAAAGUGCUGGUAAAUUAUUUUUUUUAAAUGUUUUUAAUUGUAUAUUUUAAACCGCUAAGGCCAGACCAUAGUCCUAGCAUUUUCUUUUUAAAUUGUGCACUAACAGAAUGCUAUAUAAUUUGUCUUUCCAAGAUCUCCUGGUUUCCAUAUAAGAGAUUUAACCAAAAUCUUGGUCUUCCAUAGUCUUAACUCUGUGAAAUGGAGGAGUUUGUGUGCCUUAGAUUUAGGAAAAGUGUGUUCUUUAAUAGAGUGUACAGGGCUAAAAGAGUAUUUAAAUAUGUAGUUUCCCCCAUUUCUAUUGAAAUUGUAGAGUUGAGUUUUGUUAAGAGUGCAAUUGCAAAUCUCAUCUAUAUAGGAAAAUAGUUCCAUGUCAUUCUUCAUCUCUGUUUUAGCUUACUGCUGCCAUGUGCAAUCCCAAGCAUUCUUUGCUGGGGCAACUAAGUGUAUCUUUAUUAGUGACCUCUAGUUUAAAUCUAAGAAACUGUCAUGUGUUGUGGGAAAGUAAUUUUGAAAUCCAUUUAAAGUGAAACUUGUGUCACAUGAUAAAAUACCAUAGUACACUUAUUUUUGAGCCAAAUAUUUUUACUUGAUAAGUUGUGCUACUCCAAACAGUGUAGGUGGCUGUUCCUAGCUUGUUUGUGCCUGAAGAUGGACUUGAUUCAAAUGGUUUACAUAUUUUGUAGUUAAGGGGUAUGUUACAGUACUCCCACCUUUGUUAUUUAUUGGCCCUAACUGUGUGUGGUUUCAGACAAAAUUAACUCCUUUCUCCUGUGUAUCCUUAAGGUGGCAGAUAUGAAAAAGCGUAAGAUCCUGGUAUCAGUGUUAGAGAAUGUUCUUAAGGGCUGUUACUUUUUAGUUAUCUAUUCCAUUUGACAUGGUAGAAGGUACUUUCUCUUUCUACUCGAAUGUAAGGGGAAGGUUGUUUUUGGACAUUACCAACUGAGAUAAGUGGGAUACCUACCUCUCCUUUGGUUGUUUAGAGAGCUAUCACCACUUCAAAACUAUGAUGCUCUUCUUCUCAAAGUUGGUGUUAAGUGUAUAGUAGACAGAUUGAUUUAGGAUAAUUGUCCUUGACUAUUGACCUGAAAAAGUUAAUGGAAUGCUCUUUACUUCCCUAAUUUUAAGAAACGGUAAUAGAUGUCAUAUCCAUUAAUUUAUUUAAACUCUUCUUAAGCUUCUCUGUUUUAUAUCUGUUCUCAGGGUUAUAACUCCAUGUUUACCAUCAUCUGCAAAAAGGUACCAAAAAAAUCCAUAUAAAUAAAUACGGGAUACUUUCAUAAAUACAUAAAUUCUUUUGGUAAAAUGAUACUUUGACCAUUGAGGCUUCAUCAAUAGAACUAUUCUUAUCUUUUGGACUGAAUUAACUGUUCACUGAUUGGCUGGUCAACCAAUUACUAUUUUUUCAUUUUGUCCAAAAUGGUUAGACCCUUUUGUAUAGAAGCAGUAUUUUGGUUUCAUCUGAAAAAACAAGAAUUCACCUGGUGACUUGGAAAGCAUGGUUGACAAUGGUAGCUUCUCAAGUUCUGAAGUAAAACUAAGGAAUUAGAGAGAGAAUCAUUUUUAUGGGUUUUUUUGGUCAUGGUGCUACUCCUAAGUAUGAAUAUGUGACACACACUCCUACGUACCUUUAAGGAAAAUUAAUAAAUAAUUAAUAGUUCAAAAUGUUUACAUUGA